AUGGAGAGCGACGAGGAAAACCCAGAAAUCGAAAGUGCUGCUCGAAUUGUUGAUCAACAAACUGUCCGGUACCUUCGGGAUUAUGCCGAAAAAUGCAUUGAACUCGGUAUUCCAAUACCUUUUGCAGCUGCAAUGACGAGAAGGGCUUCGAGAAUUUCGAAGAAAUUGGCUGUAGAGGGGCUGAAAAAAGUGCCAAAAUGUUAUCGAUGCUCGCUGAGACUGAAUUCGAUGGACACUGUGUCGUUCAGGCUUUCAAAAACACAACGAAGGAAGAAACUGAGAAAAAAGAAAUCGAAAUGGCGAAAACGCCCUAUUCAACUGAUAGCCGUUUGUAAAGGAUGUGGAAUCGAGAUGAAAUGUGGUACUCUGGCGUGCACUGGCAGUGGCAGUGGCGGAGAUACACAAAAAAUGCUGGAUGCAAGUUAUCCGGAAAAAAGUUGUCAUCGUCCGGCCGUCGACGAAAACGUACGUCGAAAUUGCAACGGUUGCUGGCUACUGAAACGUUGCUGUCGCGAUCUGCAAAUGAAAGCAGUUUACAAAAUUUUCUGGAUACUUUCAAGAUUAAUUCGUGAUAAUUUCGUUGUUUGUACAUAG